AACCAUGGGUUCCAUAGUUAUCGUCUUUAUAAAUGCGUCGUUAAGUUUUUGCCAAAUUAAUCUGCAUAUUGAGGAAUUCUAUGGCAAAUCCUUUGUGCCCGAACAUAUGCAUGUGACCUUUGACAUCGUGAACUUUGAGGAAAUCAAUGUUAAUCUAACAGUUACAAUUCCCUUUCCUGGCAAGCUUCUCAUGCAUAUUUUUGCAAGAAAGCUCUCGAAUCAAGUGGGUGGAUCUGAUCAAACGGACUUGGUGCGAAUGAGGAAUUUGGAUCUCUGCAAGCUCCUCGAUUCACUUCGUAAUAUCACUGUGGAAAAGAUCCAGGGCGAAAGUCUACUGCCCACCACUUUCGUAAUAUCUUGUCCAUUGGUUCCUGGCUUCUACUUUGUGCAAAAUGGCAUCGUUGAUUCAAGACUGGUGCCUUUUCGAAUCCCUGAUGGCAGAUAUCUCGUUUUGUUGGAGCUGAUUCAAGUUUAUGAGGAAGUUAUCAAGGUGGUUUCGUGCAGAAUCAAGUUCGCCAUGAAGACGCCUCCUGGAUAUAAGGAACGAUCGGUGUUUGAGAGCAGUGAGGAAAAGGAUGAAACUACUCAGCAGUCUGAAGUGAAAGAGGAAGUGUCAAGUUUAGAGGUUCCCCAGCCAAGCAAAGAUGACUAUGAAACAUCAACCGAUUAA